AUGGCCACAAUCGACUCUGCUGUGAAUAACGCUGCUUCGGAUGUCCUUGGGGGUUCUGUUACCAAUCAAGCAGUAGUUUUAGCCAGAGGACCGACAUCGACAUCUCGAAGAGGAUGGCUCUGGGGGCUUGGUACCCUUGGAGUAAUUCUUGCGAGUUCAGUUUUCAAUCCUUUCAGGAGCACUCAAGAAGCUGCCAUUCAGAUUGAUCCUACGGAUUAUGCUGCCCGAACCAAGCAUGUGCUCAGUACGACUCCUCUUAUCGAUGGACAUAACGACCUCCCAUACCUCAUUCGCUCGGAGCUAAAACAUCAAAUUUAUAACGACAAGUUCACGUUUAACACGGGUCUUCUGAGCAACACGGAUCGCAAAAAGCUCCGUGAUGGAAUGGUUGGUGGACAAUUCUGGUCUGCAUACAUUCAUUGUCCCAAGGACUCUUUAACCAAGAAGGAUGUUCCUAUAGAGGACCCUACGUGGACACUCCGUGACACUCUCGAGCAAAUAGACAUUACGAAACGUUUUGUCGAGGAGUACUCUGAUCUUUUUCAAUACUGCACCAAUUCUACCUGCGCACGCGAGGCAUUUUCCAAUGGUAAAAUUGGAAGCUUCAUUGGUAUUGAAGGUGGUCAUCAAAUUGGUAAUUCUCUUGCAUCGCUCCGACAGUUCUACGAUCUGGGAGCGCGGUAUAUCACAACGACCCACAACUGUGACAACGUAUUCGGAACCGCGGCUAGCACAGUCACUGCUGGUGGCGAGGACAAAGGUCUUACUCCAUUUGGAGAAGAAUAUGUUGACGAAAUGAAUCGUCUGGGUAUGAUGAUUGAUUUGUCGCACGUGUCGCAUGAAACUAUGCGUGAUACACUACGGCUUAGCAAGGCGCCUGUGAUUUUCUCACACACAGGUGCUUAUGCUCUGUCGAAGGUGCUCAGAUUCGCACCAGAUGAUGUCCUACGCGAGACUGCGGAGAAAGGGGGUGUGAUUAUGAUAACUUUCAUCAAUCGCUUUCUACGUCCGGAUGACCCCGAUGCCGCCACCAUACACGAUGUUGUUGAUCACAUUUGGCAUAUUGCUCAGGUAGCCGGAUGGGAUCAUGUUGGUGUAGGAUCUGAUUUUGAUGGAACGCCUGUAACUCCUAGAGGACUUGAGGACGUCUCCAAGUACCCGCGCUUAGUUGAGCUUUUAAUGGAACGAGGGGCCACAGACGAUCAAGUUCGCAAGUUUGCCGGCGAGAACAUCCUUCGUGCUUGGUCUGAAGUCGAAAAGGUCUCCGCGGCUAUUCAGUCUGCUGGUAAGAAGCCAAAUGAAGCGUUUUGGAAUGGAAGGACAUGGGUAAGGAGCGAAAUGAGCCCUCCAAUUAUGUUCCGAGAUAGCAUUGGCAAACGAAUUCCUAGCUAUCUGGGCGACCCUUGA